UUAAAACAUUUACACGCAAGUUGCUUAACAAUUUAAACAAAUUGCACAACAAUUGAAUGCGUUAAGUGUUAUGCGUAUUGUGAUUGUGAUUAGGUUAUGAAUUGUGUGUGCAAAACUUACGCGCGCCUUUUUGCACUUAGUGCGAAUGUGUGGCACAAAGCAGAAGACACGCUGAAUGAGCGUGCAAACGCUGAGAAUAUGCAAAAAAUCUAAACUUUUGAUAAGCGGUAAAUUAUUUGACGCUGUAAUGGGCUGCCGCAAAUGAGCUAUAGAUGGCGCCUUUUCGUAUUAUCGGACAAUGACUGGGCGACAUUUGCUGGCGACGAAACGCCGUUCGAUGUCGUUUUUUAGUGGGCAGGAAAUACAUGUAAAUUAAAAAAAAAAAAAAAAAAAACAAUUGUGGCUCUAUGGAACAUGCCCGUGGAUAUGCAUAAGAACGUCUCCGUACAAGUUGAUAGUGAUUUUGCUUUAUUACUACCCGGCGGUGUUUAUGAGAUCAAGAAAAUGGAACCACGCUCCAAAAUACGAACAAUUAUUGUGUUUUGCCUAUUUUUAGCCAUUGCGGGCAUCAUCGGAUUCGGCUACUUCUGUCAAGAUCAGGUAUGCGCACUGUCCAAACGGGCCGUAAUGCUCCAAUCCUCGGAGAUGAUGGCCUACAAUGAACUACAGCCGGUGGGCGGCAAUACCGCAGUUGCGUCGAAAGCCUCGGCACCACAGAAUAUUAUAGCCAAUGCUGGACUCAGCUAUGAGGAUGUGCUCAACGAUGACUUCCAGUUCGAUAUGGAUGGACACGAUGUAAUGGUAUUUUUGCACAUACAAAAAACGGGCGGCACAUCCUUCGGCAGGCAUCUGGUGCGUGACUUGGACCUGAAGCGUCCUUGCGAGUGCCAAAGGCAGCGCAAACGUUGCUACUGCUUCCGUCCGCAUCGCAACGAGAACUGGCUCUUCUCCAGAUACUCAACGGGUUGGAAGUGCGGCUUGCACGCCGACUGGACCGAGCUGACCAGCUGCGUGGACGUCGAGCUGGACAAGAACGAGGGCGAGACGGCGAAGCGUCGCUACUUCUACAUCUCACUGCUGCGCGAACCGAUCUCACGCUACAUGUCCGAGUAUCGACACGUGCGGCGCGGCGCCACCUGGAAGGGAUCGCGGCAUUGGUGCCUGGGUCGUCAGGCCACCGCCAGCGAGUUACCGCCCUGCUACAAGGGCAAGGAUUGGCUCAAUGUCGAUCUCGAUCAGUUUGCCGGCUGUGAGUCGAACCUUGCCGCCAACAGGCAAACUCGGAUGCUCGCCGAUCUCGCACUCGUUGGCUGCUACAACAAAUCCUCGAUGCCGGCGCACGAACGCGAUCGUGUCAUGUUGGCCAGCGCUAAGCGCAAUCUUGCCGCCAUGGCGUACUUUGGACUGACGGAAUAUCAAAAGAUGUCCCAAUAUAUCUUCGAGGAGACCUUCAACCUGCGCUUCGCCAUACCCUUCGAGCAGCACAACGCAACCAUUUCGGCAGCUGCUGUCACGAAUCUGCGUUCCGAUCAGCGGCGACGCAUCGAGAGACUUAAUGGCCUCGACAUUGAGCUCUAUGCAUUUGCCAAGAACUUGUUAUUCCAACGUUUUGAGCAUUUGAAAGCGAAAGAUGCAAAUUUCGCGCAGCGCUUUGCGAAUCUGGGCAACAUCUUCUAUAAGCAGGGCGUUACGGAAUUCAAUUGGGAUAGCAACAUUGAAGAUGCCCUAAGCACGGAUCAUUGAACGGAUCUUGGAAACCAAAAAUUAGUUUGUAGCAUUUAGCUUUUAAGAAGAGCCCCUCAUAAACACUCGUAACAAAAGAAACGAUGCAGCGAAACGUGAAAGAAAAGCAUAAAUGAUGCAUUAGGAAAACAAAACAAAGGACUUUAAUCUAGGGUCUAAGCAUAAGGUUAACACUUAUAAUAAAACUAAAAAAAAAAUUGAAUAACCACAUAUAACUCAAUCAAAUAACAAAGCAGCAACGCGAUAAUGCAUAAUUCAGCAAAAAUAUGAAACAAUCUGCUCUCAUAAAUGUAACAAAAAUCUCUGUGCGCAUAAAAAAGGUAUAAGAUUGUAGGAAUAACGCUGAUAGAUAAUAUCCUACUUAUAAACAACUACUCACCUUGCUCCUAAGUCGCACUCCAGACAACUCUCGUAUUGUAAAUAAAAUUCAGUAUAUAUGCUACGUACAUUAUAAAUUAUAAA